AUGAGCAGACAAAUCGAGCAGGCAUUGUUAUCGUUGAUGCCGACAUAUGGCUCAGAUCUUCCACCCUCCCUUGUGGAGCUGGCUGCGUCACUACUGGCUCAAUCUCGACACCGGGCAAGCACACUCAAGGCAGAGGAAGAGAUAGCUCGACAAUAUGCAUGCUCCAACAUAGCUUGCGACCGACUCAAGAUGAUUCUUGAUUUACCACCCAUCGAGCCCCGACCUCCGAUCCCCCCACGCAUCUACAAACGGCUGUAUACCCAUUUGGACAACAUCUUACCGAAUCCCACAACUACCCCAAGGUCAGCCCGAAAGCGAACUCCAAGCUCCAAGCAACGCGACCACGACACGCCAUCAAAGUCACAGACCCGCCGAAUACCAUCGAGGGCAACUCCAACGAAGGAGGCAGCCCUGGCCCAGUUCCGGGCGUCAUCAAAGAAUGCCAGUGCCCCCGCCAAAGGAAACGAUCUCGACGCACAAGGCUCGAGUGGCUACACACACCCUUGGAUCCAACCAGUUAUCCGAUUCAUGUGCGCCGAGUCAGAUCUCAAACGGCUUGCGCCUACGGUUCUCGCCGGCAUGGAGCAUAUCCUCACACAGGAGGGCCGACCGACACAAGACCAGUGGGUCAUUCAUCAUGUAACCGACCUUGUUGCCGCCGUGUAUUUCUUCGUCCUUAUGCGUGUUCGAUCGGUUGCAUCUGGCGCCAUUAUUGAUCGCGAGGGAUAUGUGCCCCUUCGAAAAGAGAUUCUUGCUCUCGUAGCCAAAGCCAACCAAGAAGUUACCGUACCGAACGUAGAUGAAUCCGCUGCCUGGGAAGGCUGGAACGACCUCAAGGCUAGAGACUUUGACGCCGCAGUGGCCAAGGUCAACGAGAAUGAUUGGUUAUCUGGCGACUGGUAUGAAGGGAUUGUUGAUGUCAUGAGCUGCACCACAAGAGCGGAUGCAGACGUGUCAGACAAUGGUGCCGAGAACUCGGAAGCUUUCCUGCCGACCCGACGUGCGGAUACAAUGCUCCAGGAACGAUAUGACUUGCUGAGCGAGGCUAAGAAAUCGGACUACGUUGCGUGGCGUGGUACUAUGCUCGACAAGAUUGCACACGCAACACCCGCCGAAGUCGUCAUGGAAAUUGAUUCUCUAUAG